AUGGUUGUUAAAUAAAUUACAGGUUAUAAUCGAAUAUAUAUUCUGUGAUGCAAUAUUUGUACUUAGCUUUGAUAAAACAUAAAUUGUUUUAACAUUUAUAUAAUUUCAUUUAAUUAUUUUGUGUAUUUUAUAUCAUUACAUUUUAAUCACAAUGGCACCUUCUUCUAAAUCUGGUGAUGUAAAAAUAAUGUCAAUUGGUGGUCGUGUAACUAAUGAAAGAGAACGUUUAAUUGGGAUGUUAGAAGAAGAACGUGAAUGGAGAGCACGAUUUCUUAAAAGUCAGAAUCUUGCACCAGAGGAACCACUAAUGACAAAGGAAUAUUAUAAGCAAUUGUACAAUCCAUUUCGAAGGUUUUAUAAAUUACCUUUUAACAAAUUUGAAGCAUUGUUAAGUCCUCUUAUAGGUAAAACACCUGCAGCUGUUGUACGUAACACAACAUCCAAACUUAUAAUGACUAUUGUUGGAAUUUAUUGUGGAUGGUAUUAUUUCAAAUAUAAUACAUAUAAUUGGAUGAAACAAUCUGGUUGGAGACAAAUAACUACACGUGAUGCAGCAAUUCCAGGAACAAAAAAUUUUAAAGGUUUAGAAAAACCAAAAGCAUUUGCUACAAAUAAUUUUGAAAAUUCUCCCAUAUAAAAAUUAUUGUAAUUAUUGUUAAGUAGUAUUUUGAAUACAUUAUUUACUUUAUAUUUUAAGUAAUAUUUAGAAUAUAUAUUUAUUUUAUAUACUUUAUUUACAAUAAAGUAGUAAUUCAAUAAUAUUAUAAA